CCGUGUUGUUCUUGUGUUAUUUUGGUUAAUAACUGUCGUUAGCGGGGUCCGGGCUCGUCUGACGGUCUCGCCGGAGUGUGACUAUCAUGGUUUUGUGAAGCUGACACACAGUUUCAGCUCGUUCUCACCCGAAAUGUCGCUGCUACAGGGCUCAAAGAAGAAAGACAAGCGUAUUUUGUCUGGUACCUGCCCAGACCCGAAAUGUCAGGCGAGGCUGUUCUACCCCGCGCACGGCUCCGUUAGCAUCGAGUGCACCGAGUGUGGUCAACGCCACGAGCAGAAGAGCCUGUUAAAUGUGGAAGAAGUGACGGAUCCGGAUGUUGUGCUUCACAAUCUGCUCAGAAACGCCCUGCUCGGCGUCACCGGGGCCCCGAAGAAAGGGACCGAGCUGGUGAAGGUGAUGGGGCUGUCUAAUUACCACUGCAAGCUCCUGUCCCCGGUCCUCACCAGGUACGGCAUGGAUAAACAAACAGGCAAAGCCAAGCUGCUGAGGGAAAUGAACCAAGGUGAGAUGUUUGACUGCUCGCUCCUGGGAGACAGAGCUUUCCUGAUUGAGCCGGACCAUGUGUCCACCAUGGGCUACGGCAAGGACAGGUCAGGGAGCCUCAUAUACCUCCAUGACACUCUGGAGGAGGUUAAGAAAGCCAAUGCUAACAGAGAGUGUCUCAUUCCGGUCCACGUAGAUGGAGACGGGCACUGCCUGGUCCACGCUGUGUCCAGAGCGUUGGUGGGUAGAGAACUGUUCUGGCAUGCCCUGAGAGAGAACCUCAAACAGAACUUCAAGCAGAACCUGGACCGCUACAAGGCCCUGUUUCAGGAUUUUAUUGAUGCGGUGGAGUGGGAGGACAUCAUCAACGAGUGCGACCCCCUGUUCAUCCCGCCUGAAGGUGUGCCGCUCGGACUGCGCAACAUCCAUAUCUUUGGUUUGGCUAACGUCCUCCACCGGCCCAUAAUCCUGUUGGACUCCCUGAGUGGGAUGAGGAGCUCGGGGGAUUAUUCAGCCACCUUCCUGCCCGGGCUGGUGGCCGAGGAGCAGUGCCGGGGGAAAGACGGGAAGCUCAACAAACCCAUCUGCAUCGCCUGGAGCAGCUCCGGCAGGAACCACUACAUCCCCCUGGUGGGAAUCAAGAACACCGUGCUGCCCAAACUGCCGGCCCGCCUGCUGCCGAAGGCCUGGGGCGUCCCUCAGGAGCUCAUCAGGAAGUACAUCAAGCUGGAACCAGACGGGAGCUGCGUGAUAGGAGGCGACCGCAGCUUGCAGGAUAAAUACCUGAUGAGGCUUGUCAACGCCAUGGAGGAGGUGUUCAUGGAGAAGCACAGCAUCCACCCAUCGCUGGUGGCUGACGUGCACCAGUACGUGUACAGACGGACCGGCGUGAUUGGCAUCCAGCCCGAGGAGGUGAUUGAGGCAGCUAAGAAGUCGGUGAUGGAGAACCGGCUGCACCGCUGCCUGAUCUGUGGCGCCCUGUCUGAGCUCCACGUCCCACCAGAGUGGUUGGUUCCUGGUGGGAAGCUCUACAACUUGGCCAAAUCCACACACGGCCAGCUGCGGCCGGACAAGAACUACAGCUUCCCCCUCAAUAAUGUUGUUUGUUCUUAUGACCCCCAGAGAGACAUCCUCCUGCCAGAUUAUAAACUGAGCUCCCUCAACAUCUGCAACUGGUGUCACGGCACGUCAGUGCGCCACAUCCGCGGCAACGGGUCUGUGGUUUACCUGGACGGGGACAGAACCAACACCCGCUCCCAGGGGGGGAAGUGUGGAUGUGGCUUCAAACACUACUGGGAGGGAAAGGAAUAUGACAACCUCCCUGAGGCCUUCCCCAUCACGCUGGAGUGGGGAGGCCGGGUGGUGCGAGAGACAGUGUACUGGUUCCAGUAUGAGACUGACACAGCAUUGAACAGCAAUGUGUAUGAUGUGGCGAUGAAACUGGUCACCAAGCACUUCCCAGGGGAGUUUGGCAGCGAGAUCCUGGUGCAGAAAGUGGUCAACACCAUCCUGCAUCACACCGCCAAGAAGAACCCCGAUGAGUACAACCCAGUGUCUAUCGAUGGGGCUCAUGUCCAGCGUCUCACCGACACCACAGAGCCUCAGCAGGUGGUGGACCCCCAGCCACCCACUAAGAUCAUCCUCACUGGUCAGAAGGCAAAGACGCUCCACAAAGAGGAGCUGACGAUGAGCCGAGCAGAGCGCAGCAUCCAGCAGAGCAUCAGCGAGCAGGCCUUCGUCACUCAGAAGCGACGGACUGAAAAGCUGAAGCAGGAGCAGAAAGGCCACGGCCGGGCGACUUCCCCCGGCGGGUCUCCAGAAACCUCCUCUUCUUCAGCUCCUGCCACGCCCACCAAAUCCUCUUCCCCCUCCUCGUCCUAUAAGGAAAAGAAGAUCCGUGUAACCACCAGUGACGGCAGGCAGGCCAUGCUGACCCUGCAGGCCCACACUACUUUCUCAGAGCUGCAGAGGAGCAUCACCAACCAGUUUGGCGUGCCGCCGGCGCAGCAGUGCAUCCGCUACGGCUUCCCGCCCAAAGAGCUGGUCCCUCCAAAGGACGGUGAGGAGAACGAGCCUGUGGCGCUGCAGCACGGUGACAGGGUGACAGUGGAGAUACUGAGGGGCCCCGAGGACAAGAGCCCCUCGGCCUCCAUCCCACGAGCCUCCAGCUCACACUCCGCCCUGCACUCGGUGAAGAGCGAGGACGCCGUGAUGUCCGGCAGGAUGAGCAGCCGGGAACUACAGGACAGCAUCGACCUUGAGAUGUCCUCCCUCUGUCUCCUCGCAACCUUAAUGGGUGAGGACGUUUGGUCGUACGCAAAGAAGCUGCCGCACUUAUUCCAGCAGGGCGGCGUCUUCUACAACAUCGUCAAGAAAGACAUGGGCCUGAUGGACGGGAAACACUGCACGCUGCCUCACCUGACGGGGAAGACCUUUGUUUAUAAUGCAGCGGAGGAGCGUUUGGAGCUCUGCGUAGACACUGCCGGUCACUUCCCCGUCGGCCCUGAUGUGGAGGAGCUGGUGAAGGAAGCGCUGGUGCAGCUGCGCUCGGAGGCGGCCACCAGAGGCAGCAGAGAGGGGAGUCCGUCGCACGGCGUGCUGCGGCUGGGCAGCGGUGGCGUCGUCCGUAAGAAGGAGCAGCUGCAGAGCGUCACAGCCUUCCAGGGUAAAGGUCACUCUCUGGGCAGUGCCGGCGGCUCCUCCCCUCCGGAACACCGGCCUAUCACGCGCCAGCACAGCAGUGGUGUGGACCUGAGCGCCAGCGUGUCCAGAGGCCCUCCCGACCUGUCGGACAUCCCAGAGGACGCCACCAGGGAGCUGGUCCGCAUGGCACCAGGCUUCGUCACCAUGAAGGAUGGCCGAGGUCUGGACCCCAGCCUGAUGGAGCAGCAGCGGAGGAAGCUGCAGGAAAUGGUCUCCUCCAUCCAGGCCUCCAUGGAGCGCCACCUGAGGGAGCAGCAGAGUGCCACCGCCACAGGGGGCGGGGCCAGCCAGGAGCGGACAGGCGGGACUAAGACGGGCGCGGUCCAACCAGCCUCUACAGCCAGCCAUGAACCUCCAGCUGCAGCAGGAUCCUCUUCAGCUGGUAAACCAGAUGGGAAGGCAGAAGAGCCGGAGGAGAUGGAGAGCCAGGACGCCGAGCAGAGCAACAUCACCGAACCCAUGGAUCACUCCUGAUCAGUCCUGACCCCCAGCACCGCCCCUGCCCCGCCCCGCCCCGCCUGGCCAGCAUCUGUGGGUCAUAACGCCUCAGGUCGGAUCCCGAAGCUUUGGCCUUCGUCGUGUUUCGUUGUGUUUACUGCAUGACUAAAGAGCGGGCCGACCGUCCUCACCUCUCUGCAGACUCGGGGUGGGACAUUCAUGGAUAAGGCGAUAUAUUGUGACACAGUGUCUCCGAUACAUCAUUAAUACUCUCACACUGAGAUCACAGUUCUGUUGCAGUACUGCAGCUGUUGCCGUGUGUGUUUAAACUCUAUGCACUUUGGUACACUCUCUCAUCUGUCAGACUACAUAAUGCAGUAAAUAAUAAAUACAGCUCAUGAUUGAUUCCUGUGUUUGAAAGAAGUUAUUUAGCCUUUUAGGAAAAGUUUUGCUCUUUUGUUGAUGAUGUAUCAUAAACAACUGUCUUACAAUAUAUCGCAGUCGCCUGUUUGGUGACAGGAUUGUAUCUGUGGCCCUGUGAUUCCCACCUGCAGACAUCUAAUCCUCUCGCUAUGAACACGCACCGAUAUUCGAGGAGGAAAAACCUCUCCGAUUCACGUAUGAGACGCAUUCCUGUAGAUAGAAGAAUCCUCGGAGUCUUAAUCCGCCACCCACCAGGAGGAGAGCUGCUUGUUGCCGGCAGUGUAAUGUCCCGCGAACACGCUUCUGUCAAAGUGCACGCUCUGAAAGGUGCACCGGCCUCUGUCCGCAUCAACGCCUUCAUCACCGAAACCUGCUUUUCCACCGUGCGUCAGUCUGAGGGCCGCGGGGAGAACUCUGGAUCUGUGUUUGCUCGACUGUCUGACUCCCUGGAAUCAAAUUUUAUGUUCCUUCCAUUGGUCACCGGUUGAAUUCGACACUGAAGUUCUGUUUUUUCCCUGAAACACAGUGUCGUUGAUGUGUAGCACCUGAGUCCAGCUCCAGGUGGACCAACCUGCACCACCUACAGAUGAGUUACAGCAGCUGCAGUUUUUACUCUUGUGCCACCUGCAGGUAAAGAGUGUCACUGUUGUUUGUGUGGCUUUUAUUUUUUUAUUUUUUUUAACUUUUUUUGUUUACUGCUUAAUCAGGCGCAGCAUCAUGUGUCCACCAUCCACAGACCGCUCCAAACAUGUCAGCGUCGGUUUGUGUCUCUGCCCAUAAGAAAAAACCAAACUGUCAGUUGUCAUUUAGAAACAGCUCUGACAGGUUUAUUUUUACAGUGUUAAAGUACAUUCAGUGACCACAGCCCCUUUAUUACCAAAUAUAAAUGAUUCUUUCUUUACAAAUAUCUGUUAAUGAUGUUUCUUAUUUGAAUGAAAAUGAAUAUUGGCUGAUAAACAAAUAUCAGGUUUGACAGAAGUGGUCGGGCUGUGGCUGCUGUACAGAGACCAGACAAAAGAAUUCGUGCAGGUUGAUUUAGUUCUGUCUCCAUUCUGAGUAUUUGAUCUGUAAACUUUGAUGUUAUUAAAAUCUGUAAAGUUUCUUAGUAGAACAGUUUACUCUGCACGGCAGAAACAGUCUGAUGGUCAGCUGCCUGAAACAGCUUCAUUUGAAGCUCAGUUCAUUCAGGUGAAGAGGAAAAUAAAUGAUGAAGCACACCAUGUUUAAAUUAGACUAUUUAAUAUGGUCUGGAGUCAGUGUCACACCGUGAGGGUGUGUUAGGAGAAAAAACACACACACACACACACAAACCCUUGGAUCACUCAUUCACUGCACGUGGCACAGUUUAAAAACUGCAGCACCUGUGAAGGCACCUUCAGAGCUGCAGGGCAGCAGUCGUUACUGAAUGUGUUUUGUCUUUGUUAGUUCUUUUUAAAAUUUGGACAGAAACUUCCAGAAUCGUUUCAGUUUAUUUUAGAAAGAAUAAAGAAAGAAUUUGGAAGAAAAUGUGUUGUACAGUGGAAGCUGACCGAGGUCUGUGAAGGUGUUGCAGGUUGUGGUGCAGGUGUGCUGAACUGGUCUGAGGGUGAGUAAACAGCUCCCCCUGGUGGAGUUGACUAAUCAGUCAUCACUAAAUACCCAGAAAUCAAAGUGCUGAGAAUCUUGGUGAAAGACGUGGUUCGUUUUCCAUCCACUUUCAGUAGGAAAGCAGGAAUGAAAAGGAGAAAGGUGAUUAACUCACGGUUAUUCUCAUGGUCUCACGGUC